CAGGCAAUCUAAUUGUGUACUUGGGAGGCAAGGACAGCACCCCAGGAUCAAACGAAUGGACGUGGCUGGACGGUAGACCCAUCAAUUCCAUUCUAUGGGCGGCUGGUGAACCCAAUAACUAUGGAGGAGAUGAAAUCUGUACCGACAUGGACACCGAGAAGCAACCAAUGCUCAACGACGAAUCAUGUUCGAAAAUAGAGCGAUUUGUUUGUCAAUAUUACCCACCUAAGUGAAAGGAAAACAAAUAAACAGGUAGAGUAGGGAGAGGUAGCAUUAAUUUCUUUUAUAGUAAAUACUAUAAUACUUGGUGCACAUUUAGAUAUUUCAUAAAUAAACUUAUCUGAAUUUAAUGCUGAAAAAAAAAAACAUUUCGUAUGAUAUAUAUUUAAAAAUCAGUUUGACAGUUAUGAAGUCAAACUAUCUAGAAAUGAUUUUGAUGUAAAUUUACAACUAAUAUAUAACCUACUGCCUCUCCAUCUAGUCGUGUAUACACAUCAUUGUUGUAGAAUAAACUAAAAUAUAUCAUUACUUCUAACUGAAGGAAA